AUUCUAUUUUGGAGUAAAAUCUUUGGUUAGUUCUGAUCUACUGCAAUAAAAUAUUUUAAAAGUAAUACUAGAAACGUUUUAAUUCAGAUUUUAUGAACUAAUCCAUGAAGAUAUUUUAAAAUAUACAUAAAAUAUAUGAAAUCGUUGAGUAACCUCACGAAUAAUAAUAUUUAUGUCGUCAGUCAAAGUGCGAUCGUAGUUGCUCUCUUUAUAGCACAGUCACAAAUAAAAAUACUAGACUGAAAUUUUAUUGAAAAAUAUAUUAGUAAAAGAAGUUAUAAUGUGGGCACAAAUUAUUAUUGAUAAGAAACCAUUUUUUAUCAAAACUAGGUGUAAAAAUAAACAAUGGAAAAUUGUUCUGGUUAAUCUUGAAGAGAUAUGGAUUGAAAAUUUAUCAUACAAAGAAGCUAUUGAGAAGUGUCAGAGUAGCAAAUCUUUUAUAUAUUUUAAGCUUUGGAACCCACUUUUGGAUGUAGACGACUUUAAUUUAGAUGAAAUUAUCAAUGAAAUUUUAAAAAAUAUAAUGGAUCAUGUUGUCUUCGUAUCAGUGAAUGAAAUUAAGUUGGAAAAAGAAAUAGAAGGUGGAGUAUUCAAAUUCUCAAUUAAUUUAACAAAAGGAAAUCUUCAAGAUAUUUGGGCAGAGAUAAUUAAGCCUCUUUGUACAAAUGCACAUGAGUUACAACGUCAAAAUGAAAUUAUAGUUAAAGAAAUUAAAAAAAAAGAUGAAGAAAUUACUGAAUAUAAACUAAAUGGUAAAUUGUUAAGAAAAGAGAUUGAAACUGAACGAUUCGAUGAUAAUUUAUUUAACAGUACUAAAAUAAACGCUGAAACAAAAAAUUUAUUCUCAAUGUUUCGUUCUUUAAUGAAUCAAAAUGAUCAUUCGAAUAUGGAAAAGUUGUCAAAUAGCGAUGACAAUCAAACAAAAAAUAUAGAACGUGUGAAGGAUAAAAAACAUCAUACCAAUAAUGACGUUGAAGCAAUAAGCAUUGACAAAAAUUAUGGAAUCGAUGAUAACAAUGAAAAAAGAAAAGUAUUCAUAACAUCUGAAACAGAAGUCGUUAAAAUAACAAAUGAAGUUCCAAAAAGUACUAGUCCAAAAGUUAAUUUAGAUUUUUCUAAAAGUAAAAAACUUGAUAAACAGCCAAAAGAGUCUACGAGUAAGAAACGUCCUAGAAAAGAAUUAAGUCAUUUUAUAUCAUAAAAAAUAUUAAUUUUAAUUCUAUAAAUACGUCAUUGAUUUUUAUAUGAUAAAGUUUUAAUAAUACGUAUAUAUUAGAUAUUAUUAUAAUUUUUGAUAUCAAAAUGAAUGUACGAAAAUAACUAGAAACUGGUAAAAAGUGUGCAUUUAUUGAGUACAGAUAUACAUCGAAUCAGACAAUAUGAAAUUACAAUUUAAUACUAUUUUUCUAAUGACUUAUAAACUCAUAGUAUUCACAGUA